UUGCGCUAUCAAGUAGGUAGGUACCACGGACUAUGAUUAACAGAACUGGAAACGAACCAUAGUGCACCGUAUAGUGAAAAGAUCCACAUCUGUUAUGGAAAGUGAAAGAGCGAUUGCAGUGUCAUCUAUUAUAGCUUCCUACACUGUUCUAUUACUAUAUAAUAUAGUGACUACAUUUUAGUUACUCAAUUUUGUCACCGCGAUCGCUCGUUAACUUUCCGUAACAUAUCUUGAUCAAAUGAUAAAGGUUCGUUUCCAGUCCUGUAUAUCUUAGUCCGUGGUAGGUACAUAACAUUCUCUGUCAUCGAUUUUACCAAUGACGUAUUUUAUAUUAAUGUCUAAAUUCUUGAUGUUCAAACAACACGAUAAUUAAUUCUAAAAGAUAAGAUUAAUUUAACUAUUUUAGUGCCGGAAAUAGUCGUGAUAUGGCAAAUAAAGCUCUAUUUGAAAAGAGACUUCUAAGAGAAUACCAACUACUGGUCACAAAUCCUAUUCCAGGAAUGUCUGUAGAUGUACAAGCUGAACAAAAUUUGCAAAUUUGGAUUAUAAAUAUACGAGGCGCUGAAGGUACUUUAUAUGAUGGAGAACAGUUCCAGUUACAGUUCAAAUUUAACCCCAGAUAUCCUUUUGAGUCGCCCGAAGUUACAUUUGUAGGCCAAAAUAUUCCAGUUAAUCCACACGUAUAUAGUAAUGGCCAUAUAUGUUUAUCUACUCUUAAUAUUGACUGGUCACCAGUAUUAACUGUUCAGUCUGUCUGUCUUUCAGUAAUAUCUAUGCUAAGCAGCUGCAAAGAAAAGAAAAGACCUGAAGGUGAUAGCAUAUAUGUAAAAACUUGCAGCAAAAAUCCAAAAGAAACAGACUGGUUGUAUGAUGAUGACAAUGUUUGAAGUAUUGAAUAUCAAUUCUAUUAUUUAUUCACAAGCUAUAAUAUAUUCUCAUUUAGUAUGAAAAUUGUGACUUCACGUUAUACCUCAUUUUAAUACGGUCAUUAAUUAUUGUAACUAAAU